CACAAAGUAAAUGUGAUGGUAGGGUCGCCCGACAAAUUACUUGACGAUAUCAAAGAAAAGGUCACUGUUUUCCAUGGCGAUUUGACUGAUGAAUCUACUAUGCUAUCCAGUAUGGAUGGUGUGAACGCAGUCAUCUCUACAUUAGAACCACAUUUAGGGGAAUAUCCUGGUGGCUUGCCGAUCACCCAUAGAUAUCGCCUUAUGAUGAACUGCAUGAAGCAAAAAGGAAUCCACAGAUUAUUAGCCCUAACCACACCAAGUCUUGGACAUGAAGAAUUUGGUUGUUAAGGCUUCUGUUCUACUUUUGGCCCAUAUACCACCCGCCGCU